CGAGUCUCAAAACGCACGUUUAGAAUUCCCAAGUGGCACAUCCGUAAAUACAAGGGUUCAAAGAUUGUUCCUUUUAUAAUCUCUCUGUUUUCUUCCCUCUGUUACUCAACAGACAAGUUCGAUCACAGAGCCAAAAAAAACAAUGGCGUCUUCUCUUCCUACAUUGCCCAGAGCCUUACCUUCCUCAUCAAGCAAACCUUCUUCUUCCUCCGGUCCUUUCCGAUCUCCUUUCCUCAAAGUCAACGGUUCCACUUCCUUCAUCCCCUCUUCUAUCUCCCUCGCUUCACGUGGCGCAUCCUCCAUCAUCCCACGUGCCACAGCCUCCUCUGCUGGAUCUGACUCUGAGGAAACUCUAGCGAAAACCACCUUCCACGGUCUCUGCUACGUCUUGAAAGACAACAUAGACACUGACCAGAUCAUCCCAGCAGACAAAGCCUGCAUCUUCCCAUCGAACCAGCAAGAGCGUGACGAGAUCGCCUCCAACGCCCUCUCCGGUCUCCCAGACUCCCACAAAACCCGGUUCGUUGAGCCAGGAGAGAUCAAAUCGAAAUACUCAAUCAUAAUCGCCGGUGAAAACUUCGGUUGCGGGUCGUCACGAGAACACGCUCCGGUCUGUCUCGGAGCAGCCGGAGCUAAAGCCGUCGUUGCUCAGACUUACGCAAGGAUCUUUUUCCGUAACUCGGUGGCUACAGGAGAGGUGUUUCCGCUUGAGUCAGAGGUUAGAGUCUGCGACGAGUGUAAGACAGGUGACACGGUGACGAUCGAGCUGAGAGAUAGUGGUGGUUUAUUGACUAAUCACACGACCGGCCAAAAAUAUAAGCUCAAGGCGAUCGGUGAUGCGGGACCGGUUAUUGAUGCUGGUGGUAUCUUUGCUUAUGCGAGGAAGAUGGGAAUGAUUCCUUCAUUAGCUUAAACUCUUCUUCACAUUCAAUUACUUGUCUUUAGAGUUCUCUCUGUUCUCUUGACUUUUGAUCUUUAUUUAUAUAAUGAAUUAGAUCAUCCAAAGCCAAGUAGAAGACAUGUUCCAACUUCCAAGUAAUGAUAUACCAAAACUAUGUGUUUCUAUGUGUA